AUGCGGCUCAUCCAGCUCCUCUUCCUCCUCUUCCUCCUCGCGCUCCCCCUCCUCUUCCUCCUCUGCCUCGCCCUGCUCUGGGCGGCGCCGCUGCAGCCGCGGACGCAGCGGCGCCUCCUCGUCGCGACGGAGGUGGUGCACGCGUGGUCAGCGCCCGACGUGUUUGUGCUCACCAUCGUCGCCUCCUCGCUCGAGCUCGACCGCUUCGCCCACUUCAUCAUCGGGCACGAGUGCGACGCGAUCGACGCCGCCGCGCGCCGCUACCGCGACGUCUUCGCCUCCUACACCGCCGACGACGAGGCGGAGGGGUGCGCCGGCAUCCGCGUGCGGAUCCUGCCCGGCACGUACGUCUUUGUGGUGGCGGUGCUCGCUUGGAACGCGGUCGGCGCUCUCAUCCUCCACUGCGCCAACUCGGCGGCGGCGAGCCGAGGGGGCGAGCGGGGCAGCGGGGCGGCGUGCUCGGCGAGCAGCGGUGAUGCCGCGCCUGCGUCAUGA